AUGAACAGAGAAAAACAAGGCGAGCGAAAGGAAGAAGAAGAAGCAGCAAAAAAAGACAAAGACGGCGAGGAAGAAGCAAAGCAGAAGACCGACAGAGCAGAAGGUGUUGCCAUUGGGCGUGGUACUAAUAGCCUGAUAACCUGGAGCGAGCAGGAAGGAGAUCCAUCACUUCCUUCUUUUGGGAAAGACAUAAAUAAAAAAAACAGGGAAAAAUGGCUUCCUUUACGAUCAAAGUGCCUUGCUCAUCCGCCAAUAUCGGGCCCGGAUUCGAUGUUAUUGGUGAGUUCCGGUCAAUCUGGUUUCAAUAAAUCCCUUAUCCUUGAGUAUCAUUGCUGCCAGGCAUUCUACCCUGGCUUGGCACUAUCUAUAUUCCUUGAGCUGCGUGUCACGACGAAGGCCCCCAGCUCGCCUUCAUCUUCCAGUCUUCGAUUAAAUUGCGGAAUAACAUAUGAAGGAGAGAAUCCCGAUGAAGUCAGUCUUGACCCGGAAGUAAAUUUAAUUACCAGAGUAGCACUAUACGUGCUCCGGUGCCACAAUCACCAUGCAUUUCCCGUUGAGUGUCACGUACACAUCAAGAACCCGAUCCCAUUGGGACGUGGAUUGGGAUCCAGCGGUGCUGCGGUGACUGCAGGUGUCGUCCUGGGCAAUGAGGUUGGAAAGCUAGGCCUCGAUAAGGCCAGAAUGCUAGACUAUUGUCUCAUGAUAGAGCGCCAUCCCGAUAAUGUUGCUGCUGCUCUUUACGGUGGCUUUGUAGGCACGUAUCUAAACGAACUAAAGCCCGAAGAUCUGGCGUGGAAGGAGAUCCCCCUUAGCGAAGUGCUUCCUGCCCCCGCUGGUGGAGUAGAUACUGGCAUCAAACCACCUGAGCCGCCAGUUGGAAUCGGCCACUACAAGAAAUUCCCCUGGGCAAAGGAAAUCAAAGCGAUUGCUAUUAUACCCGAAUUUGAACUUCCCACUGCAAAAGCAAGAGAGGUCCUCCCUCAAACAUACUCGAGAGCUGACGUGAUAUAUAACCUCCAGCGUGCAACCCUACUUCCUUCAGCACUCGGCCAAUCUCCCCUUGAUCCCGACAUGAUCUAUCUUGCGAUGCAAGAUAAGGUGCACCAGCCUUAUCGUAAGCAUUUGGUGCCUGGAUUGACUGAAAUCCUAAGUUCAAUGAAUCCAACCACCCAACCGGGACUGCUUGGCAUUUGCCUUUCAGGGGCAGGCCCAACGAUAUUGGCCCUUGCGACAGAAAAUUUUACGCAAAUCGCUGAAAGAAUAAUAAAGACGUUCGAGGCCAACAAUGUCCGAUGUAAUUGGAAGGUGCUAGAGCCUGCAGAUGACGGUGCUACCGUAGUUUAUCAUAAUAACUAG